UCGUAGUUCAUGCUUAUAGCAUUGUGGUUAUGAGCUAUCAGUGUGCAUACGAUUAUGAUUAGCCCUCGUUGCAUGUUCGUGGAUUUGUCGCGCUAAAACCGCACUUGUAUUUAACACUUGUCAUUAACUUCUUUUAGUGUCGUCAUUCCCUUGCCUUAUUACUAUAUCUAAAGGCAGGUCGACGAAGUUUGUGAAAGCUUCUCAUUUGACGUGGUCAUGUGCAUCUUGCGGGGUGGUGAGGAGGUGCCACAGGGUGGUUGUCGUUUUGGAGUGUGAUUUGUAUUUGUCGUCACCUGACCGAAAAAUCCGACAUAAGAAAGUUACGUUAUAUUAGUUCAGGCUAGGUUAGGUCAAAGUUGGAUCAAUUUAGGCGCUCUCCGUACUUCCAUGUCACCGACUACCUCGGAAAACUUGCUUUAUUUUUGAUGUCGAACGCCAGCGUGAUUCACAACCUUUGCGGUUGCCUCAAAAAUUCGAUUGAAAAAAAAACAAACACGAGAAUUGCGGUGUUCUAAACAUUGAGACGCUUUCACGCACAAAUAUUCAUAGGUAAACUGAUUUCAAAAGGCCUAACAAGAAUUGCUACCUUUUUUCUGGCAGCUUGAUUUUGUCUUCGCCUGUCUCCUAGGUAUUGGAAUCACCACUGCCGUUAAGGGCAUGGUGCUUUUUUAUAUACACGACUUCUACGAAGGCGUGAAGCAACAGGGAACACUGAAUUCAAAUGGGCUCUUGGAUGUCUUCCCGCCGCCCAUACCUGGCAUUACGAACUUCCCUACCCAGGUACUCAACGUCAUUAAUAUACUGAUAACCCUGGCAAGUCUUGCUGCUGAGAUUUUCCCCGAAGCAGCUAUCUUCAACAUCGCCAGCAUGGCUGUUACCGGACUGAGCAUCUAUGGUGACAUCUUGCUUAUCAUAUCUGCCAGAUCUAAAGCCACGCAAACAAACCCGAUGGGGACUGGCGGCGCAUUGAAUGUCCCGCCAAUAAACCCGAUGGGGACUGACGAUGCAUUGAAAAAUACCAUAAAGAUGAUGCUAUGGGCACUCUGCAUCAAGGUGUUCGUCAUCAUCUUCGACUUCUUCACGACACCUAUGUACUUAUACAAUUGCUACCUAGACUUUCUUAAGGGAAAGAAAUCAACAGACGCACCAUAUGAUGGGGUGGUGAUAUUGUAUCUUAUACACGACUUCUACGAGGGCGUUAAGCAGCAAGGAUCACUGGACUCCAAUGGCCUUCUGGACGCUGAUUACCUGAAGCGACAGCAAAUACAGGUAUUCAAUCAGGUGAUGCCAGCCUACUACGGCGGCAUGAUGGCACCAGGAGCUCCGAUGUCAGCCGCCUACCCAGCCGCUGGCAUGAUGGCACCAGGGGCUCCGAUGCAGAGUGUCUACCCUGUUGGCGGCAUGAUAGGCCUAGAAGGAGCCCUUGGGCUGGGCUCCUACCCAGCCGGUGGCCUGAUGGCCCAACCAGGAGCCCUUGGGCCGGGCUCCUACCCAGCCGGUGGCAUGAUGGCCCAACCAGGAGCCCUGGGGCCGGGCACCUACCCAGCCGGCGGCAUGAUGGCGCAACCAGGAACACUGGGGCCGGGCUCCUACCCAGCCGGCGGCAUGAUGGCGCAACCAGGAACACUGGCGCCGGGCUUCUACCCAGCCGGCAACAUGAUGGCACAACCAGGAGCUCCAGGGCAGGAAUUGCAGCAAGCCGAAGGCAUGGCGACACCAGGAGCCCCGAUGGUGACUGGCGGAAAUGUGGCCCCGAUAUCGCAGAGUAAAAUAGACGCCGUUUGGCCGCCGCCCACAAAACGUCGUUCUAAGAAAGCCAGUGUCACCAAGCAUCCGCGCGCCAGCUAUCCACGCGAUACGGACUAAAAAGGCGGACGCCAAGAAUCCGGCUUAAGAUGCCGUAGCCUUCUCACGCCACGCAUGGGUGCAAGCUCAAUAUGAAACACUUGCGCGGUAAUAAAAAGCAAUCAUUCGUCCUACUUUCAUUCGUGCUAUAAUACUGGUGCA